AACAACAUGGCGGACAGUGUCAAUCCGGGAACGUCGUGAUCGUAACGUGAAAUAAUGAAUUUUGUUGUUUUAGAAUAUGGGUGAAUAUGUGCAAUAAUUUACUUAACAAUUGUGUGCUAAGUGUUGUGUUUUAAUUGUAUUUGUGUUAUCUGAGUGUCAAAAUGGCCACGGAUAAGAUUAAAGUAGCCGUUCGGGUUCGUCCUUUUAACAGGCGAGAACUCGAACUGGGUACACAAUGCGUGGUGGAAAUGGAGAAUCAGCAGACGAUUCUGCAGAUUCCGCAGUCGGCGCACGAAAAAGAAAGAAAACAACCAAAGACCUUUGCGUUCGACCACUGCUUCUAUUCCCUGGACCCAUCCCUGCCUCACUUUGCCUCUCAGAAGACAGUAUUCGAAUGUCUUGGCAGGGAUAUACUCGACAAUGCCUUCGAUGGAUACAAUGCCUGUAUCUUUGCGUAUGGACAAACAGGUUCAGGGAAGUCCUAUACGAUGAUGGGCUCGCCGGGGGCUGAUGAAGGUGGCAUCAUCCCACGGCUAUGCGACUCUUUGUUCGAGAGGAUCAAAGUACAACAGUCACCACCAGCACUCACCUACAAGGUUGAAGUGUCAUACAUGGAAAUAUACAACGAACGAGUACACGACCUGCUAGACCCGGAGACGACGAGGCGAUCACUGCGCGUGCGCGAGCAUGCAGUGCUUGGACCUUACGUAGAUGGGCUCUCGCAGCUAGCUGUUACUUCAUUUCAGGACAUCGACAACUUAAUGACAGAAGGCAACAAAUCGCGAACAGUAGCAGCGACUAAUAUGAACAGCGAGUCAUCGCGAUCUCAUGCAGUGUUUAGCGUCGUCCUAACCCAGACUUUAACUGACGCUGCGACUGGGGUGUCUGGUGAGAAAGUCGCACGUCUGUCACUCGUCGACCUGGCUGGUUCGGAGCGAGCCGUCAAGACUGGCGCUGUGGGCGACAGGCUGAAAGAAGGCUCCAAUAUUAACAAAUCCCUAACAACACUCGGUCUAGUAAUAUCGAAGCUAGCAGACCAGUCGUCCGGUACAAAGAACAAAGAUAAAUUUGUGCCGUACAGAGACUCCGUGCUCACGUGGCUGCUCAAAGACAACCUCGGUGGGAACAGCAAGACUGUUAUGGUCGCUACAAUAUCGCCGGCCGCGGAUAACUACGAAGAAACGCUAUCGACGCUGCGAUACGCCGACCGAGCGAAACGCAUCGUCAACCACGCCGUAGUGAACGAGGACCCGAACGCGCGUAUCAUUCGGGAACUACGCCAGGAAGUGGAGACGCUCAAGGAGAUGUUGAAGUAUGCCACGGUAAGUGGCACGGGUUCCCCCGUGGGUGAAGAAGUACACGAGAAACUGGCACAAAGCGAGCACCUGAUGAAGGAAAUGUCACGGACGUGGGAGGAGAAACUGGUUGAAACUGGUCGGAUACAAAGCGAACGCCAGCAGGCGCUAGAAAAGAUGGGUAUCAGCGUGCAAGCGAGUGGCAUCAAAGUCGAAAAGAACAAAUAUUAUCUGGUCAACUUGAAUGCGGACCCUUCGCUCAACGAACUCUUAGUUUACUAUCUUAAGGAUCGCACACUGGUAGGAGGAUCUAGUUCAGCAGACAUUCAGCUGUCGGGUCUUGGUAUCCAACCGGAACAUUGUCUACUCCUCGUCGAGGGCGGAGGCCUACAUAUGGAGCCUCUCGGUGCCGCGCGAUGCUUCGUCAACGGCACCCCCGUAGUCUCCCGAGUCAGGCUCGGUCAUGCCGACAGAAUAUUAUGGGGAAAUCACCAUUUCUUCAGAGUCAACUGUCCUAAGGCUACCGAACAAGAUUCUGGUUACUCCACAGCGACGGCCUCGGAACCGCAAACUCCUGCGCAACCGAUCGACUACAACUUCGCUCGGGAUGAGAUUAUGCUGAAUGAACUUAGCAACGAUCCGAUACAAACUGCGAUAUCUAGGCUUGAAAAACAACAUGAAGAGGAUAAACAAGUGGCGCUCGAAAAACAACGGCAGGAAUACGAGCGACAGUUCCAACAACUAAGAAACAUACUGUCGCCCUCUACUCCAUAUCCGCCUUACGCGUAUGAUCCACUCAAACUAGGUAAAAUGACAGCUUGCACGCCAACCACAGCGGCUCGCGUGGAGCGCUGGGCGGCGGAACGUGACGACACGUUCAAGCGGUCGCUCGGACGACUCAAAGCCGACAUAUUGAGGGCCAACGCACUCGUACAGGAAGCCAACUUCUUGGCUGAGGAGAUGAGGAGGAACACUCGCUUCAGCGUCACGCUGCAGAUACCGCCGCAGAAUCUUAGCCCUAAUAGAAAGCGAGGCGCGUUCGUAUCGGAGCCAGCGAUAAUGGUGAAGCGUCCGGGCCGCAGUGGCCAAGUAUGGUCGAUGGAGAAGUUGGACAACAAGUUGGUGGACAUGCGCGACAUGUACGACGACUGGCGCCGCCGCCAGCUGCGGGGCGACGCUGACAUCGAAGAGGUACGCCUGCCCAGCGGAGACGGAGAACAAACAGAGACAGCACUAGAUCCCUUCUAUGAAUCGCAAGAGAAUCACAAUUUGAUCGGAGUCGCUAACGUGUUCCUUGAAGCUUUGUUCCAUGAUGUGACGUUGGACUACCACACGCCCAUCAUCAGCCAACAGGGAGAGGUCGCUGGGAGGUUACAGGUGGAAAUAAGUCGAGUGGCGGGUCAGUUUCCUCAAGAUAGAAUAUGUGAAGCUGCUUCCGACAGUUCCGGUGAUAUGAGAGACGAUGAUGAUCCGGCUGAUACGGCGACGCAACAGGUCACAAUCCGAGUAUCAAUAAAGCAGGCGACAGGUCUACCCCCGUCGCUGUCCCACUUCGUGUUCUGCCAGUACUCGCUGGGCGCGGGCGAGCCCGUGGUGGUGCCGCCCGUGGUGUCGGCCGACACGCCCCCCGCCGCGCCGCAGGCCCCGCCCCUUUCCCCCCGGCACCAAUCACUCGUCACCUUCCGCUUCGACCAUAAAAAGGACUUCACUAUUCCAUUGACUGAGGAGUUCAUCGAACAUUGUGCUGAGGGUGCCCUAUCAAUCGAGGUAUGGGGCCACCGUUCCGCCGGGUUCAGUCGCGCCCGCGGCAACUGGGAGGUGGAACAACAACAGUUGGCCAAGGCGCGGUCGUUGGCAGACCGAUGGACUGAACUCACGCGGAAGAUAGAACUCUGGGUCGAGAUACACGAGCUGAAUGAUAAUGGAGAAUAUGCGCCGGUUGAGGUGGUCCAGCGUAACGACGUAUGGACAGGCGGCGUGUACCAGGUCCGGCAGGGCCAGCAGCGACGCAUCGCGGUCCGAGUGCGGCCCGCGCUCAACUCCGGAACCCUACCGCUUGUGUGUCAGCAGAUACUCAGCAUCGAGGUCGGAUCCGUCAGCGUCAGAUCACGCCUACAAAUGCCAUUAGACUCGUAUCAAGAUGAAGAUCUCGCAGUGUUACGGGAGAGGUGGAGCGAUGCGUUGUUCCGUAGACGGCAACAUUUACAUGCACAGUUACAGAAACUCGUGAACAUGUCACCGUCGAUGAAGAGUGAGCGAGACAACGAGAGGGAACAGUCACUCGUUGAACAGUGGGUGUCACUCACUGAAGAGAGAAACGCUGUUUUGGUUCCCAGUCCGGGCAGUCCUAUACCCGGAGCGCCGGCCGCCUGGGUUCCACCACUGGGAAUGGAACAUCACAUACCUGUUCUGUUCUUAGAUCUCAAUGCGGACGACCUAACGACCCACCCGAGCGGCGAGGAGGUGACGGUGGCGGGGCUGCACUCGAUCCUGCCGAAGGAGCACGGCAACAAGUUCUACGAGCUGCAGAUCCUGCACCACCACGACAAGGAUGUCUCCGCCGUCGCCUCCUGGGACUCCUCCAUACAUGACUCGCAGUACCUCAACCGGAUCACUGAAGCAAAUGAACGCGUAUACCUGAUUCUGAAGACCACAGUUCGGUUGUCGCACCCCGCCCCCAUGGAUCUCAUACUUAGGAAACGUUUAGGGUUAAACAUAUACAAGCGACAGAGCCUGACCGAUCGGAUACGCAAGAAGAUUGUCAGUUAUUACGUGGACAGGACGGACCAGCUGACGCACACCGGAGUGACGUACGAGGUUGUCUCCAAUAUACCCAAGGCGUCUGAGGAGUUGGAGGAGAGGGAGAGCCUCGCGCAGAUCGCUGCUACUGGGGAGGAAGCCAGCGCUGCUGAUGGGGAGACUUAUAUCGAAAAAUACACUCGUGGUGUAAGUGCAGUGGAGAGCAUACUGACCCUCGACCGAUUACGUCAGAGUGUCGCGGUCAAGGAGUUAGAGCAGGCGCGCGGACAACCCAUCACCAUGCGCAAGACCGCCUCCGUGCCCAACUUCUCACAGCUGUCGCAGGCGCUCGAGCACGCCGCCAAGAACGGGAACAACCUGAUGCGACUGGACUCUUCAUUCGAGUCCCUGGCCGGGCUGACGUCAGGUCGCGCCGGCAGUAUGGCCGACCUAGCGGAGGAUACGCCGCGCCGCUCCGUGCACCGACACUCGUACGCCGCGCCCUCGCACAACGACCCCGAGAUACCAACACCUACCAAACCAUUCGGACUCGGCUCGUUCCUAUCAGCCCGGCCAACGUUCCUAAACUUGAAUUUGAACCUGAACUCUCUGCGACUGCAGACGCCCAACAAGUCGUCUCCGGCGAGUGGCAAGCUUGGGUUGCGUAUGACGACUCUACACGAGGAGCCGGGCAGGAGGAACGAUGAGGACUCGCAUUCUGAGCCAGAGUCGGCACCCGUCGAUGAGCUUACUACGCCACGGUCACAUCGCACACGCAACCGCGCUACAUCCCGUGGCUUCCUACCAACAUCGAAGACGUUAGACUCACUCCACGAGCUGGCGUGUGAACGAGCGCCCAACAAGAACUCGCCCUCAAUAUCAUCCAGCGGCUAUGGUUCACAAGCUGUGUCAUCCACAAACCUGACGAACGACGACACACUCUCAAUCCGAAGCAUGUCAGUCGACGAGACACCAGAUUUCGACAAAACAAUGGACUACACACACAUCAGUAGGACCAAGAACUCCAUGGCUGGCCUUCGGAAUGAAAUCACAGAACUAAGGAACGAUAUCAAUGAUUUAAAGAACGAUAUUGUGGAGUCCAAACAUGAGCUGGACGAUUCCAUGUUUGAGAAGGCUAAGACGCCAGUCCUGACGCCUGGUUCAAGGAAUCGUAUCAACCCAUUUUUGAGGGAUUGUGAGGAUGCUGUCAAAGAUGAGUCGAAGAAUACAAUGGUGGAUCCUUUGGGAGCCCUCCCUGUGGAGAGUGCGGUACUCUCCAGCAGUAAGAGCGUUGACAAUACGCAGGUCAACGGUGACGUCAGCCAUGAGCCGCCGAAUGAUAUCUCACAUGACACCUCGCAGGACACGUCGCAUGAUACGUCCUUUGGUGAAGCUGAAGUAGAGUCAGUGAGCUCUGAACAAUCAAGUCACGAUGCUGAGCGAAGCCGGGAAGCCUCGUCUGUCGGCGAGAGUGACUCGGCCUCUACCGGACCUGACCAACCUGUUGUGAAGACACAACUGCCGGCCGGCAAGGUGGUACGUCGUCGUGCGGGCGGCAGCGCGCGCAAUGCGUCGCGUGCGUCGUUCCCCAGCGGCCGGCCGCGCUCCGCGCACGAACCCGGGCUCCAUCACACGCCCGCCUCCUCCACCGAGCGGAUCGGAGACGACGACUCGUCCGAGUGCCCAGUGCUGCAGCCGUGGAUGUGUGUGGGCGAGAGUGUCCAGCUGCGCCUCAGUAGCAGUACCGGCGUCAUCGCAUACGCGGGGCCCACGCACUUCGCGGGCGGGACGUGGAUCGGGAUCGAACUCGACGCACCCACUGGCAAAAACGACGGUUCAGUCGGUGGGCAGCGCUACUUCGAGUGCCGGCCCCGGCACGGUAUCUUCGUGCGGCCCGACAAGAUCGUGCACGACCGCCGCGGACGGUCCGCGCGCGCCUUCCGGGACAACGAGCUCAAGCGGGCGCAGAGCAAGGGAGAAGGCCUACACAACUUACACAGAUCGCGGAGUCGCGGCGACAGCAUAAACGCCGUCGGCACCAAAACUAGAGUUAGCAAAUAGAGCAUCCUCCGCCUCGGCGUACAUCGCUCGCUGCACGGACCUUCGGACAGGACGCGGACACAGCCGGCAAUGUAUCCGACCGAAUUUAUAUUUACGUCCCACACUACUUGUAUCAUAGAAUCGCAUUUUUUGUUGCAGUCGUGUAACUCGUAUGGUGCUUAUAUGUAUUGUAGAUGUUUAUUUACUACCCUUGAAGCAAUAUUGUUCGCCUUCGUUUUUAUUGUGUCGGGGACAGAGUAGGGGAAACCAGUCUCUGUUUUAUUGACCGCGUCAAUAGAACGUGUAGACGUCGCCAUGUUUCCGGAUUGUUUAACUCUCGGUGUCCUAUAGGGCAGGACAUCGGGGGACUGAGAACGCCCUGCGGAUGUAAGUACAGUUGGCUCCACAAGUGAUAUAUCGCCACGACGGUUAGCAACAAAUGUUACAUACACAUGAGAAACGUAUAUUAAAUCACUGCCUCUAAUAAGCUAAGAGGAUAAUCGCGUUUUGUCAUAAUAAUUAAUCAAAUUUAUAGCAAUAUUAUAGUCAAAUAUACUAUAAAAUAAGAGUCAUCUGUAUAUAACACUUGCUGUUAAUUUAUUGUGUACAAUAUACCACUUUUGUAGUGAACUGUACUAGUCGUUAUGUUUUAUCGUAUGGAUUAAAUGAAAUUAUUUUUAAAUAUUUGUAAAUAAUAUUAUGGAAUUAUAAUGUGAUUUAAUUUUAUCAUUUUUGGAAAUCAUGUAAAUAUGUGGAUUUGUGUGUGUAUUAUUAUGUUAAUGAUCAUCGUUUAUUAAGUUAUUUGUAUAAAUUCUUUGUAAUGUAUAGUUUGUGGUGAUAGCUGUUACGAUACUGUAUACCUAUUUAUCUUCGUCUAGCUCAUCGGCCACUGUAUCUGCUUACCCUCGUGUGACCGCACAGUUUUAUAUUCUGCACAGGGAAUAUAACUUCUGUGAUUUUGACAUUUUACUAUUUCUCUUCACUGUUGUAUUUUAUAUGACGUUUUCAAAUUAGGGUGAAGUGUUCGAUUCUUGUCCGCGUUUUAGGGUGUCGCCAAACUUAAUUAAGUAAUUUCGAAACUACUUUCGAUACCGUGUCUUUGUACCAGUAAAUAGCGUUCUUAAUUGUAUGCUUCACCCUACCUCUUAUUAUAAUAUUCUAACCUAUUACUGCAUAGUGCUCACGUGCAUUUUGUGUUCGACACACGAUUGCCAGUUUCGAUUGUGAUAGUAUCUUGCCACCUAACUAUUAAAAAUCUUAUUUUUUUAUUUCGACGCCUGCUUUUGCCCCUUUUAUUUAAAGGUGUAUCUCAAGUAGUUUAUGAAAUCGUCCAAUAUUACAUCUUCGUCCUUGUAAAAGACUUUGUACUUAGUACAGUAACCACUGACGGAUAACAAGUCCAGACAUUGACGCUCCGAUGUACGGCGCAAGCGGUGAGCGAACCGAGCAAUCUAUACUGCCAUUGUAACGCUUGUAAUUCGGUAAUACACUACUAGUGAUCAUUUCUAAUAUUUCAUUUUUAAUAUCGAAUAAGUGCCGGCCGUCAUUUUUGUGGCGGCGAGGUCCUCUUGCCAAGUAGACGUCUGAAAGCUCUGACGUCAUAGAUUCACUCAUCUCUUGCGCCACACACACAUUUAUAUCGAUUAGGUUGUGUAUAUUCGAAAAUUUAUGUAAAUGUAGUCGUGAAUCGGCAUUCUGUAAAUUAAAUGUCACUUACUUAAAAAUUGUCCUCAAUUUAUUAUCUCCAUCCACGUUCGAACAAUAAAUCGAGGUAUUCUAUCUGUAAUUAGUAAAACAAAAUUCUUAAUCGAUGUUCUCUCCAUUAUAGUAAUACGAAGAGUUAUAGUUUAAUUUUUGAAUAAAGCCUAAUUUGGAUAAUUUAUCAAGAUAUAUUGUAGCGGCAUAGUGCGCGUGUAAUCGUAUUAGAUAAUGUCCACAUUGUUCGCUCCGUGGUAAGACGGAGCUUCUUAGAUCACCUAAUGUAUAUUCCAUCCUCUUAGUAAAGUAAUCGUUCGUAAGUACACUAAAUGAGUACACAGAAUAGAGUAACACGCCUGGUUAUCUACUAGCGUUUGUAAGUCCCACUUUCAGCGUUCGUUCAUAGUUCGCCACUUGCCUCCAUUCCUUGAGGGCAAUUCUGUGACGUCACAUCGUAGAACAUUCUAGUUCUCGUCACGCGUCGAAACGUAUCAUCGAAAGUGUUGUGUGUCGCCAUAAGUCGCUGAGUUGCAUUCCAACAUGUGGCGUCAACGAAUACCUCUGUAAACAUAUGUAUAUUUACAUUUAAAUGUAAGUAAGUUAUUAAUAUAAAAUGUUAUUCAAAAAUUAUAAAAACAGCUGUUUCAAAGUAUGCACUCGAGAAUUUAAUGCCAAUUUUAGUGGAGCCGCCAUUCCAUAGCGAGCGAUGCGUGGCUCAACUGUAUGAUCCGCUGCGGUCUCUCGGAACCCGUUGGUAUUGCUAAUGUUGGUGGUAGACGCUACUGACGCCUCGCCAUGGGACAGCGGUUCAGAUAACUUGUAAGCAUUGACUGACAUCAUAUUUGUCACAUACAUAGAAUUAUCACGAUAAACAUUUAUCGAAAGCUUAUUAGACUGUCGUACUUAAACAUUCCAUUUUUUCUAUACAUUUAUCGUUCUAGCAGACGUUCAGUAGUAUUUAUCAGUGAUUAGUUAGAAUUUUAACUACAGAAUGCGACUUAUAUGGCGUUUAUUUUGCAUUUUACGAUUUUUAACUUUGAAUGUAAAAGUAUUUACCAUUAUAAUAAAUAAAUCUGGCCCUAACUAGGACAGCUCAAUGUGUAGUCGACGUUAAAAAAUCUAAAAUGAAAUAUACGUAUUUUGAAAUAUAGUAGGAUGUGUCUUUGAAACUCUUGAUGUGCUUAUGUCCAGUAGUUUGGUAGAACACGGGCAAAGGACUGGCUGUCAAGCGAAGCAGGUACCACGCCUUGAAUGUGUCGGCUCGGGUCAGAUGUCUCGGAGUGUGCACUAGGGCUCCUAGGUUUAGGCAAAUAGUGACCUUAAAAGCAGCGUCUCGUAGGUCCUAAUUUAAUUUUUAGAAAUUAAGCUGACCAUGUGCUGUGCUUUUGUUUUAAACAAAUAGUAUUUAGGUAAAUGAAAUAAUUUGUUGUUUAAUAUUAUUUCAUAUUAGAAAAUUGUGUGUAUUAUUCGCAGUCAAUUCAAGAUAUCACACGCUUCUAAGAAUGUGAAUGUAAUAAUAAUUAUUUUAUGAAAUGUGACUUGCAUGGAUUUUAUUUUAGCGUAGAUACAGUUAAGUAAAUUAAUUUUGCCAGAAUUGGAAGUGUAAAAUAAAUAAAUGACAAAGUAAUGUAUGUAUUUCUAAUUCUUUUUGUGAUAAAUAGGCAGCUACUUUGUAGCAUAGAUGGUUGCAUCUUCAUUACUAUACACGUAAAGCAUAAUAAAGAGAUUUUCAUAUUUAAAUACAAAAAUAGUUCACUUCUAGUGGAAAUAUUUUUGCCAAGUAGCAAGUUCGAGUCAACCAUCGCUGUCAUUAUCAAUAAAUGUAUUAUAAAAUAUUA